AUGGAUGACUACCACGAUAUGUACCUCACUACAGACGUCCUGCUGCUAACCGAUAUCUUCGAAAGCUUUCUAAACCGCACCAGGUUUGGCAUGGAAGGCUGCGUUGAAGUAUACCGGAAUCAAGCUGGAGCUUCUUACGACCCCGAUAUGCUUCUGAUGUUCGAAAGAGGUAUCCGAGGAGGCAUAACUCAAGCCGUGCACAGGUAUGCCAAGGCGAACAGCAAGUAUAUGGGGGAGCAAUAUGAUCUCAAUGAGGAAUCCUCCUACUUGCAGUACCUCGACGCCAACAAUUUGUACGGCUGGGCCAUGCGUCAAGACCUGCCCACGCACGGGUUCAAAUGGCUGUCGAACGUUGAGGCCUUUACCGAGAAGUGGAUCAGCAAACUCGUCGCUGACAACAAGCACGGCUACAUCCUGGAAGCUGACAUCAACUAUCCAGAGAGCCUACACGACAAGCACAACGACCUGCCUUUCCUACCGGAGCGCAAGGUGGUUCACAAGGUAGAGAAACUGAUACCAAAUUUGGAACACAAGCGGAGAACUGCCGCCAAAAAUGAUUUCAACAAGGACUUCUAUAAGCUCAUGAACCUCUCGGUGUUUGGUAAGACCAUGAAGAACCUAAGGAACCACCACAAUACCCAGCUGGUCACCAACGAGAAGAAGUAUACGAAGCUCGUCAUGAAGCCCAAUUUCAAGGGCGGAAACUACUUCAGCAGCCAUCUCAUGGGCGUGGAGAUGGGAAAGACUGAGGCGAAGAUGAACAAGCCGGUGUAUAUUGGUCAAGCUAUUUUAGACAUGUCGAAAGUAGUGAUACACGAGUUCCACUACGACUAUAUGCAGCCCAAGUAUGGCAGCAAGUUGCGGAUCUGCUAUAUGGAUACUGACUCCUUCGUGUACCACAUCAGAACAGAGGACUUUUAUCGCGAUAUUGCUGAUGAUGUCGAGGCACGUUUCGAUACGAAGGCUAAUAGCAAAGAUGACAACAGACCUCUCCUCAUCGGGAAAAACAAGAAGGUGGUGGGUCUCAUGAAAGACGAGCUAAAUGGCAAAAUCAUGACAGAGUUCAUCAACCUGAGAGCAAAAUCUAUGCUUACAAGAGUAUCACGAAAGAGGGCGGUGAUCGCAAAACGAAAGGAAGUGAACAAGCUGGCACUCAAUAGGGCAGACGACAAACGGAUCGUACAACCGGACCAGAUCACAACGCUCGCCAGGGAUCAUUAUCGCUUAGCGGCUAAGGAGAGCAAAUAA